CUCUUAAUUGUAAUUUCAACUAUCAUACACUUUAUGUAGUAUCAUACGUAUGAUACCCCGAAAAUCGUCGAAUAACCCAUCACUGGGCUCCAUAGACACCCGUACAACCACCUUGGACUGUAGUCUGUGUAUAGCAGCCAUAAAAUAAGAAAAAGACUUCUCAACAAAACCAGAAUUAAAAAAAAGACAAUUUCAGCAAUGAAACUAAAUUAAAUAAACUUGAAAGUUAAAAAAACCUGCAUAAAGUGGUGUAUACUUCGAUACACUCUAGCUUAGCGAAACCAAGUAAAAUAUGGAGUUAGAGGAACCCGCUGAUACUCAAGAGUUUCGAGAGACCUUGGAAACCUACCGGAGGCUUGCGAAUGACUUUGCCAAUCAUGACACAAUAUUGAAGGAUAGAACAGUCCUUUCGUAUCUUGCAUUUGUUCUUGAGGUACCUGAUGAAGAAGUUGUUGUUCUUGCUCUAGAAAUUCUUGAGAUUUUCAAUAAAAAUGUUGAAAAUUAUGUCCAUUUAACCUCCACGUUUGGUGUUCGUGAGGCACUUGAGGCGGUUAUAAACAAAUAUUCAUUUAAUAAUCCAAAGUUAGCAAAACAUGCACAAUCUGUCAAAGAUGAUAUUGAACGAAUGAAACCACCUAUAUAUAAUUUAAGGAGUCGCUGUAGACGAGUUAUCGAACCAAAGAAGCUCAAGACUCAUGUUAUUGUACUUCACGUUAGCGGACUUUUACCUGAAACGAAAGCUGAGCUAGAGUUGACAUUGAUUAGAAUCGAAGGACUUAUAUCUCUUGUAAUUGAUGUUGAACAUCAAAGGGUAACGAUGAGAACUUUGGUUAAUGUUACGGCAAAAUGUAUAGCUGAAGCUAUUUCAGAAAAUAUUCAAAAUAUGGAAGCAAGAUUAGUUACUAAAAAUAAAUACAAUCAAGAGUUCUUUGUAAAAUUGCUGAAUACUGAAAGUGGAGAUUACGAAGAGCUACCAGAUUAUCUACCGGAAGAUGAAGAUUCAGAAGACUCAAAAGAGGGUGUGAUCUCACUAUUUACAGGACUAAAACAGAGUGCCUCGACUUUGUACAAAUCAACGGCGGAAUUUUUUAAUAGUUCAUUUUACUGGUGAACUAGGAAUGAGAAAUAAUUAAGUCAUUUUUGUUUCUUAGAAUAAUUUUUUUUUUUACUAGGAAAAUUAUGAGUUUAUUAGCCCAAAACGCAUAAGAGAAAAAUUGUCUCUAACAUAUUUGAUAUUAUUUUAUUUUCUGACCUCGAACAGUAUUAACUGUCUGAGCUCCAGUUUUUGGUCUCGAUAUUUUCUCUUCAUGUUAAAUAUCUAGGGUUCUGUAUCGUAUGUUUAAUUUUAUAUUUCGAUGAAAUGAAUGUAAGAUUGGAAAAUUUAUUAUGUUUUCAGUGAUAUAUCUUAUGCAGUGUAAAAAACUUAUAUAAUAACUUCGUUAAAAAAGUAUUUCCCAAAUGUUUUAAAAUAGA